CGAAACCUAACAAUGUAAUGUUUAUCAUACUGUCUGGCUGACAGAGACUCCAGUCCAAACUCCAAACAAGGCCGCUGCAGAGGUGGACUGGAGAGCACAGAGUUCCUGGCAACCAUGGAUGACCGCUCGUCUCUGCGUAAGGUGAGCGGCUCCACUGAAUCCGUGUCCACCGUCACCAGUGAGGAGUUUGUGCUGGUGCAGAAUGGUGCAGAGGGCUCGCCAUCCAGCUCAGAAGGGCGACCCAGGCUCAAGAUGUCGUGGAAUGGGAGCGAGCAGCUGGAGAGGGCGAUGGAGGAGGUGCUGGAGGGUGAACUGGGGACAGCGGAGAGGAGAACAGGAACAUCAGAAGAGUCUAAAGAGAGCACACAGGAGUCCAGUGAGUCUAAAUCACAGAAACGACCACCUAACCUGGAGCUCAGUACAACACCAACUGAAGAUGAAGUAGCUGCUGUGAGCAGUCCAGCUGUUCAGGAGGAGGACAGCGUGCAGUUUAGUAAGCUCUCUUAUCUGGGCUGUACGUGGGUAAAGGCUCCACGUAAUGAGGCUGAGGCCCAGAAAGCCAUGUCCACCUUAAGGGCUGAAUGUCCCAUCCUCAUUCCCAUCACACUUCAUGUACCCAAUGAUCCCGAUGGCUGUGUGAGGAUUGUUGAUGAGGCCACCGGAACAGAGAUCGCCUCCUUCCCCAUCUAUAAAGUGCUCUUCUGUGCCCGAGGAAAAGACGGCUCUGUGGAGAGCGACUGCUUCUGCUUCACUGAGAGCUACCGCAGCUCAGAGGACUUUCAGAUUCACGUCUUCUCCUGCCAUAUUAAAGAAGCUGUGAGCAGGAUUCUCUACAGCUUCUCCGCAGCAUUCAAGCGCUCAUCCAGAGCUGCAGCUGAGGUGCAGGAGUCACCUCUGCCUCAGUCCCCUGACAGCGAUAUCUUCACCUUUACUGUGUCCAUGGAGGUGCGAGAGGAUGACGGCAAGAGUAACUUCAGUCCUGUCCCUAAAGACCGUGACAAGUACUACUUUAAGCUUCGUCAGGGUGUCCAGAAGAAGGUGGUGGUCACAGUGCAGCAGAUCUCCAACAAAGAACUGGGAAUUGAGAGGUGCUUUGGCAUGUUGCUCAGUCCAGGACAGAAGGUUCGGAACUGUGAUAUGCACCUGUUAGACAUGGAAUCGAUGGGAAAGAGUGCAGAUGGGAAAGCUUAUGUGAUCACUGGAAUAUGGAACCCCAACACUCCUGCUUUUCAAGCUCUCAAUGAAGACACACCAAAAGAUAAGCAAGUGAACGUGACUGUGGCUGUUGACCUGGUGGUGACGGAGGUGGUGGAGCCGGUUCGAUUUCUCAUGGAGGCCCUGGCACGAGUUUACCCCUCAAACGAGAGGUUCUGGUAUUUUAGCAGAAAGCCCUACUCCGAGACCUUCUACCUGCGGCUCAAACUGGGUGUCAAGAAUUGCAGCCAAGAAGAUGCCAUAUAUGAAGUGGUGAGUAUCCAGAGGCAGUCAGAGUAUUCAGGAGGUCUCUUGCAGUCUCCUACGGAGGAAGAGGAGCCAGAGGAAGACAGUGACAGUGAGAUCUCCAGUGGUACUGGUGAUGUGUCUAAAGACUGCCCGGAGAAGAUUCUGGAGUCCUGGGGUGGCAUCCUUAACAGAUGGCAUGGGAACCUGUCCUCUCGACCUAAGGGGUUGCCUGCUCUGGUGAGGCCCGGGAUCCCAGAGGCGCUGCGCGCUGAAGUCUGGCAACUGCUGUGUGGCUGCCAGGAUGAGCAAAGCCUACUGGAACGUUAUCGCAUCCUCAUCACCAAGGACUCUCCUCAGGAAGGCGUCAUAACCAGAGACAUCCAUCGUACGUUUCCUGCUCACGACUAUUUCAAGGACUCGGGCGGCGACGGCCAAGACUCUCUGUACAAGAUCUGUAAGGCGUACUCUGUUUAUGAUGAGGAGAUUGGAUAUUGCCAAGGCCAGUCAUUCCUGGCUGCAGUGUUGUUGCUACAUAUGCCGGAGGAGCAGGCGUUCUGUGUGCUGGUCAAAAUCAUGUAUGAAUAUGGACUCAGGGAUCUCUACAAGAAUAACUUUGAGGAUCUGCACUGCAAGUUUUACCAGCUGGAGCGUCUGGUACAGGAGCAGCUACCAGAUCUGUGGUCUCACUUUCAGCAUAUGAACCUAGAGGCCCAUAUGUAUGCUUCCCAGUGGUUUCUUACCCUCUUUACUGCCAAAUUUCCUCUCUGUAUGGUCUUCCACAUCACCGACCUGCUGCUCUGUGAGGGUUUGAACAUCAUCUUCAAUGUGGCACUGGCUCUGUUAAAGACGUCUAAGGAGGAUCUGCUUCAGGCUGACUUUGAGGGUGCUCUAAAGUUCUUCCGGGUUCAGCUCCCCAAACGCUACAGAGCAGCUGAAAAUGCUCGAAGACUCAUGGAGCAGGCUUGCAACAUUAAGGUGCCAACUAAGAAGCUGAAAAAGUUUGAGAAGGAGUACCAGACACUUCGAGAGAGUCAGCUGCAGCAGGAAGAUCCCAUCGACCGAUACCAGAGGGAGAAUCGGCGACUGCAGGAAGCCAGCAUGCGUUUGGAGCAGGAGAAUGAUGACCUCGCUCACGAGCUGGUCACUAGCAAGAUUGCACUGAGGAACGAUCUGGACCAGGCGGAGGACAAAGCUGAUGUCCUGAACAAAGAGCUGCUAAGCACCAAGCAACGACUGAUAGAGAUGGAGGAAGAGAAGAAGAGACAGGAUGAAGAAACUGCUCAGUUGAAGGAGGUGUUUAGAAGAGAGCUACAGAAAGCCGAAUCAGAAAUCAAAAAGACCACAGCCAUCAUCGCUGAGUAUAAACAGAUCUGUUCACAGCUCAGCACCAGACUGGAGAAGCAACAGGCUUUAACCAAAGAGGAGCUGGACAUAGUCAAGAGUAAAGUGAUGUCGUGCGAGCGUUGCCGGGAGGUUUUCAGUAAGGACGGACCCCUGAACGUCCCCACAGUGACGCAGGACAACCGCGACGCCGACGUAGAUGAAGAGAAGGAUUCACUGAAGUCUCAGCUCCGAGAGCUGGAACUGGAACUAGCACAGACCAAACUGCAGCUGGUAGAGGCCAAAUGCAGAAUCCAGGAGCUGGAGCAUCAGAGGGGCGUGCUGAUGAACGAAGUUCAAGCUGCCAAAAACUCCUGGUUCAGUAAAACACUGGGAUCACUUAAGACGUCAGCGAGCAGUCAGGCCCCCUCCUCAUCCAAAGAGGGUUAACAGGACUCGUACGGGCCUCAGCCGGUGAGGCACGAGCACAUUCACUGCCUGACCCGUGCAGGUGAAGAACAAGGUCUCCUGAACACUACUAAACACGCCGUGCUAAUGCAGUAUUCCCUCUUGAGCGUGAGGGAAGAGGUGAAGUGAUCAGUCAAGACAGUGCUGUCGGAUAAACCUAAAGAUAGUUCAUGCUUUAUAUGAGCUCAUAGUCACUUCCAAUACAGGUAUUAACAUGCAUUAACACAACCCACAGUAGGUACAGGUGGCAGAAAAGUUCCGGCCGGUGCAGCAGUAUCACCUAGUGGUGAUUUUUACCUACCGCUGUAUUUACCUACAGUUGCAUUUUACUCUUAUUGCAGUUGUACUGAACAGGUCUGUUUCACAUGCACAUCAUGUAUAAGAUUUACUCCCGGAUUUUCAGUGAUGGUUAGGUUUGUAAGCGCCCAGCAAAUUAGGAAAUAAGAACAAACACGAUAAACUACUGAUAGAAUUAGAUUUUUCCAUUCAUUAACACAGUAAAAGAUGAACAUCCUCCUAUGUAUACUUACUAUAUAUACUAUACUGUAUACUAUAUAGUAUAUAUAUUAUAUACCAUUUAUAAUUCUCUCCCAAAGAGGCCUCUCUACAAAAUUCAGUACUAUUGUCAUAGCAGGUAAAUGCUUGUUAUUAAUAAGGAAAGUUCAAUAGGAAAAUGUAUUUACAUUAGAAUUUAGCUUUUUAUUGUAUUUCUGUUUUUACUUUUAUUUAAAGAGGGAAUACUGCAUUCAUUAUACCUUUUCUAUGUAAUAAUAAUAAAUAUAAUUGUUUUGUCAUGUGUAUAACAAUGUCUAAAAGAUUUUUAUGUACAGUUCUGAAAGUGUAGCCUUUUUUCCACAAUGUUUAAAUUUAAAUGUUUUAAAAUGUAAAUAUUAACUUCUUCAAGCACAGUGUUCAAAACCAGAUGGCCAUGAUACAAACUAUAACCUAAAAACUAACCUUCCUGUUUACUCUCGUUACCCUGUCGAUCCUGGAACCAUGUUUUACACUUAUAGGAAUCAAGGUUUAGGGACAGCUUGUUCUGCCUGUUUAAACUGCUGUCUCUAAAUACAGCAGUUAGUAGCUGCUGUGGUCAAUAAACCCGCUGUAAUGUAAAGAGUGUGGACACAUUUUAUACAGGGGCAACACAUCAUAAUGUGCCAAGAAUUCAAUGUUAGUCAGUGGUGGUGUAUGUUCAUCUAAUAUUGUUGAGGUUUUGCAGACCUCGUUGUGCGACUCACUAGGCUUCAUAAAUACAUGGUUAAUAUGACCAUCAACGUUUCUUAAACUGCAUGGAUCGUAACAAAAACACACUAACAAAAUGUCUUUAUUGUUAAUUAACUUUUUUAUUUUUGUUAAUUUGCAAAAAAGUGUCAUUUCUAAAAUUCUGUGCUGCCAAGCUUUAGUUAAAUAUUGACUCAUUUUAAGUGCAAUAUUCAGUCCCUAAAUCUGGUUAUGGUGAGUUACUAGGUUAUGAAGCACAGAAGAACGUGUCUGUGUGAGCUGUGGUGUUAUGACACUGUCCUGUUCCAGUUAACAUGAGAAAUAACUAUAUGAUGAAUAAAUCUCUGGCUCUUGUAUUGGUAA